CGUUCGUUGCCCGUGUCGGUUCGGUUUUGAUGCAACUGCUGGUGUACGAGAGUGAGUGUAGUCCUGUGUGUGGUUUAUUUCUAUUGGGCAGUUCAUUUCGAGUAUUUGUGAAGAAAGUGCUGAUAUUUUGCGGUUUCAGUGAAGCUUGUUCCGGACGAUGAUAAUUGUUAGCAAGUGGUUGUAAAGUGGUUCAAGCAAUUCCAAGGGCAAGUCCAGCGUCUGAGUUGUUAGAGUGUGAUGUUAAUCACCGGGAUGAAACUGUAAAUGAAAAUGGAAGAUUUUUGUCAUUAGUGGUGUAUGGUAAUCAUUAGAAAGUUAUAAAACAACCGCAAAGUUGACAGUUGUAUCGAGCGUAAUCCGGUGUGCGGAUUAACGUGCCGUGUCAAUUAGAGCGAGGUGCUUCUUCCGUGUCCCGAACGUCAACUGGAUAUAAAUAAACAUUAAGGUACGUCGUCACUGAAGAGCAGCACUUCUUUCAGCACGUAACCACUAAGUAGGAGACAGGGUAGUUGUUUUGGAGUGUACGAGGUGGAAAGAUGGCUUUAGAUGCAAAAGCAAUUAAAGAGGAAAUACCGGAUAAAGAUACGUAUGAGACCAGCUCCCGUAAAGUUAAAGGUAAGGAACAAUGUCGAACACCAGACUCACCGGAAGGAGCCCGCGUCGUGGCGCCACGUUCUCCGAUUUCGCCGCAGGUGUCACAGCAUCACAGCACUCUGGUGCCUCAGCCGCCGAGAUCUGGCGGUGCCGGAUCAACGCAAGUCAGCAGUCGCAACGGGAGUUCUUCGCCGCCGGGAGAAAUCCCUCCGACGCGGGUACUUAACGGCAAUGGUGGGGCCGGCAGUGGUGGUGGUGGUGGUAGCAUGGGAUCAAUCACGCCUCCACCAGCGAUAACUCCUGCAUCGGCCGCGGCAGCAGCAGCCGUCGCAGCUGCACAGCAAGACACGACAAAGUUGCUGAAGAUAAGACGCUUCCUAGGGGCCCUGGUUCAGUUCGGUCAGGAUACUAAUGUCGACAUCGGAGACCGUGUUCGGUCGCUGGUUUUGUCGUUAGCGAGUGGUGGCCUAACGGUGGAGGAGUUUCAGAUUGCGGUUCAGGAGGCAACCAAUUUCCCGCUGCGCUCCAACGUGGUUCCGUUCCUCAAAUCGCACGUUCCCGUUCUGCAACGCGAAAUAAACAUUCUUUCCAGAGCGAGUAAGCAGACUCCUUCGCAGUACGUUAGAUCGAACGAAACCAGUGUGAUGGAGUACGUCCAGAAUCUCGCCGACACCGCCGACAUCUUUCUAUCGCACGAAGGAUUUGGCUCUUCGACACCCAUCCCAGCACCGAGCAUCAACGGACUGAGUCUGAAACGACGGGCCUCCGAUAACUUAUACGACACUCAUCCUUCCGGUCCUCCCGAGUGGGGAGAUUAUAUUCUGCCACCGACCAAGCGUCCACAUCCGUCACUUCUGCUAGCAUCUGGAACGCCACAGCUCUAUUCUACGCAUCCGGCGCUGUUCGAGUAUCAGAACGGAACACUUCAUCCACAUUCCGAUGGUUUGCAUUCCAUUCACCGAGACGAACGGGAUCAUAGAGCGCCCUCCAGUGAAGCUCACCGCCCUCCUAGAAUUCCACCAGGUGGAGGCAGUGGUGGGGGUGGUGCCGGUGGCUCUAGUGGAGCUGUUAGUGGUAGCGGUGCAAGCGGAACUGCCGGAGCUGGAGUAUCAACCGGAAGCAUGGGCAGUAUUGGUAGUAGCGGAGUUCCAAGCAAUUCCGUUGGUAGCGGAACAACUGGCGGGGAGGAGGAGUGGAAAAAUAUUCACACCAUGCUGACGUGUAUUUCGGCAAUGGUCGAAAAAACUAAAAGAGCAAUCUCGAUCCUGCAGCAGCGGGGAAUCGAAACUCAUGCACGCGAUCACCAGGACACUUCGAUAGCGGACAUGAAACGCCAGACCGAAGAUAAAAUUGCGGAGUUUCGUCGCAGUGCAGAGGAAUCCGUUAAUCAGGUCAAACGACAAGCAGUGAUUGAAAUCCAAAGGGCGGUGGCAGCAGCAGAAGCUAGAACGAUUGAAAUGUUUGCACAGGAAAGGCUGAAAAUGGAGAAAAUGUUUGCCGAGAUUCAUCGAGGAGGAUCGGACCCGGACCCGGAUGGAUCUAGCGGAGGAAGCCAGAACGUUAGUACUCUUGCUUGCUGGAACUGUGGACGAAAGGCGAACGAAACGUGCUCUGGAUGCAAUUUGGCAAGGUAUUGUGGAUCCUUCUGCCAGCACAAGGACUGGGAUCAGCACCAUCAGGUCUGUGGAACAUCCCGAGCGGAAAACGCCUUCCAAAAGCAUGCGGCCAGUGCCAGAGCUGCACUUUCCUCUCGUUCGACAACCCCGCAGCAGUCACAGUCCAGCAAUAGUACAGCUAACGGAACAACGGCCGCCGCAAAAUGACGGACUAAACCAUUGAAACCUAAAAAAAAGUAUCUAUGCUAGUCAAAUCAUAUAGACAUAUAUAAAUACACAACCCGCAGAGUUGGAAUUCGAAGAAAACAAAGUGUUUCCAGCUUUGUGAAUGACACUAUUCAACACCCAUAAGCCAAGCUAAUCAACCAAACAUCCUAAUAGUUGUAAUUUUUACAGUUGUAAGAUUACAUUAAAAGUAGCAAUUUAGUACAUUUGUUUUAUUUCAAUGUUUCAUUUCUAAUUAAUAGCAAAAACAUGACCUGUUUAUGUUUACGUGUUCCCGAUAGCAUAGUUGUAGAUUUUCAAAACAGUGCAAUACAAUUAUUAAAUCUUAGUUAAAACAACCAGCAUUGAUCAGACUAGUUGCAAAAUAACAAAAACAAUUCAAAUGGUUAGCUGUAAGGUUGAAAGCAACAAUUCUUUAGAAUGUUAGUCACAUUACUCCAAGAGCACCGUUAAAAAUCAGUAAGAUUAUUAUUUUAGUAGAACAAUGUUCGAUGACCGGUUGUUGACAUCUCUAGUCGACCGGCAUAAGAGCACGUGGUGUCGUGCGCUCUGCGCAAAAUCCGUUUCCACUUCUAAUGUAUUGCGAUGAGCACGUGCUGAUUUCUGUGGUGUCCAUUUCAAUUCACAAACUACAAUAGCCAAGUUCACAUUCAGUCAGUUAGUCAGUAGGCUAAGAAGAAACAUAAACCAACACAGACAUAGUUUUCUCCCAUCACAAUUGAAGUAGCAGCGUAGAUAACCUUACAAUUAUGUAUGCACUAUGUACCAAACAAAACGCUGAAUUAGAAAAAAAAAUGCACAAACUGAGGCUAUAGUUUUAGACAGUGACUCCAAAGAUUAACUGACCAAAAACUUUGAGCAUCGGUCAAACGGAAGUUCGUUAGGAACUUUACUCACACUUAUUACUUUCUAGCCGUUUUGUAAGACAUUGAUGUACGAUUCACCUGUAGUUACUAUUGCCUGUUGUUAAAUUAUUUAUUGUCCUCUCAGUUGAUAUAGAUCUGAACGAAAAAAAAACUCUCCGAACAGAGAACAACCUUGUUCGAAUCAUUCGAAUUCAAACGAAAGCGCAAACUUAUUAUACACCAAAAUGUAUCAUGGAACCAUUCUUUGAAAAAAAGAAAAAGGAGUUAUUUUUUCGGUAUCAAUCUUAAGUUUCUUGUAAAUAGUAUCAUAGUCUAUAAUGCUCCUAUUUGGCAUACAUACCUGCGCCCAAACACCGCACAUAGUUUCACCCGAUUUCUCCACAAACAGUAGUAAAGAACACUUUUGAGCAUAAUGCAUCAUCAGAAAUAAGAAAAAUAAAAUUUUAUUUGUUUAUAAAACUAAA